AUGAGCGACAUUAGUCGACGAUCAACUUUGUUGCUGCUGCUGCUGCUGAUUACCAGCAUUCUCACAUCACUACUUUGCCCCUUGGUCACUGCGAAUGCUUCACCAAGCUCAUCAUCAUCCUAUUUGUAUGAACUUCCAUCAACCUCAACCAACACAACAUCCACAACAACACAUGGACAGAAGUUGGAGCAACUAUUCUCAUCGACAUCAUCAGUUGAGGAUGGAUGUGAUCCUGCAUUGGGAUGUCAACAGAAUGCCAUGAUCAAACUGCAUCUACGCUACCUUCCAGAGUCACUGGCCGUCAUACUCUAUGGAGUUGUACUAGGAUGCAUUGUACGAUUCCUCUUUGGCAAUAGCAACGACAUUGUCAAGCAUGUCUCAACCUACAACCCCGAACUAUUCUUUCUGUUCCUACUCCCAUGUAUCAUCUUUGAGACUGGAUUCUCUUUAACAAAGUCCGAGUUCUUUUCCAACUUUAUGCCAAUACUCAUGCUGGCAACGAUUGGUACACUCAUAUCAUUCUUUGGUACAGCGUUUGGACUUCAACUGGUCGGCAAACUUGGAAUCUCAAUGAAUCUCCCUUGGAAAGAUACGUUCAUCUUCUCUUCAAUUGCCUGUGCAACAGAUCCAGUAGCAACGUUGGCAAUAUUCAAGGCAUUGGAUGUUGACCUUAAGCUGUAUCUUAUUGUAUUGGGGGAGAGUAUACUCAAUGAUGCAGUGUCGGUGAUAUUGUUCAAGUCUGUGAUUGGAUACUCACUCAAUCAACUUUGGAUACCUGCACUACUAUUCAUUGGCUCGAGCAUUGGCAGCCUUGUACUUGGUGUAGCAGUUGCACUCACAUUAUCCCUGCUACUGAAAUGGUUGAACAUCAACAGGUAUCCUGCGAUCGAGUCACUCUUUGUCUUUAUCUUUGCCUAUAUAUCCUACUUGUUGGCAGAUGCGCUCAACUUUUCUGGUAUCCUCUCUGCCUUCUUUUGUGGCAUUGCAUUCCAGAAGUAUGGAUAUAAUAGCCUUUCAAAUGACUCCAAACACAACACAACACAGAUGUUGCGCAUGGGAGCAUUCGUCUGUGAGACAAUCACAUUCAUUUACAUUGGACUGGCACUACCACUUCACUCAUUCGCCUUUAGCUACUCAUUCUUCUUGUGGAGCAUUCUAUUCCUCAUUGCAACAAGAGCAUUGGCAGUGUUCCCAAUACUUGGACUUCUUAACAAGUUUAGAUUCAGCGCCAUACCGAUGCCGAUACAGUUUGUCGUUUUCUUGUCUGGUCUGCGAGGUGCUGUCUCAUUCUCUCUGAGCAUGUCUGAUGAGUUCCACUCAGAGUACCAGGCGUACAUCAAGACACAGAUGCUCCUAUUGGUCUACUUCACUAUUAUCGUAUUUGGAUUGAGUACAUUCCCUGUUCUCAAGGCACUCAAGAUCAAGUCGGCCGAGGACGAUAUCACAAUGGACUUGAUUGGCAAGCCCAUACACAUCGAGACCAACUUCAAGGGUCGCGCCAUUGGUUCAUUCUUCUCGCGACUAGACGAACGCAUUCAUCCGUGGUUCACAAAGAACAGCUCGCAGCCACCAAGAGGCGAGCGAGAGGUGGCAAGUGGCGUGGACAACGCAUACCAAGACCUCAACGACAGCGACAUCAUGAUUGAGAUGGACACAAUCAUUGAGCAAGCCGAUGGUAACAGUCCACGUGGUCAACAACAAUCUUCUUCUGAUGAUGACACCAUCGAGUUGAUCCCUCAUCAUCAACACAAUCUAGGUGGCCAUGAUCAUGAACUCCAUCAUCUAGAGCAUGACAACUUUAGCUCGAGCACCCUAACCUCUUCCCUCCCCUCCAGCUCAUUGUCCAACAAGGACAACAUGCAGCAGAUGCUUCGACAAAGUCUAAACAUGCAAACAUAUUCACCUGCGGCACCAUCACCCACCUCUUCUUCGCUUCGAUCCUCAUUGAUCGCGGCUCCAACACUGUCAUCAUCAUUUGAAGCACUUCAUCAAUCUAUCCAUAACAUACGUAGUUCAAGAGAGAUGCCAGAAGUCAAUGACACCACUCACUCCUGA